AGUGUCUGCCCUCUCAUGUCCCCUGAGCUGCCCACACCCUGGAGGUGGAGCCUGCAUGUUCUUGUGGCAUUGGAUCUGGUUGAGGCUCCAGUCGCAGGCUGAGUCUCUUUGGCCAAAGUGUUUGCUGCCUUCCGGGCCCAAUGAUUCAGCGGCCCAGGCCUUCCCACAUCCUGCUGGUCUGAAACGUCUCAGGUAGAAGCUGCCUACAGGCCAACGGAUAAGGCAAUCCUUCAGUUACCACCGAACCUCAACCAAAACAGGUUUAUAUCAUCAACCUUUUCCCCUUUGGAUCAGAGACCAGGAGGAUGACGACACCAACAAUGGCUGAUAAACUGGGUCUGGCUGUGGGCGACGAUACGGCGAACAUAAUGGCUCUCCUGGAGCGGGUUGCGGGCAUCAUUGACAACGUGCAGACGUGCCAGGCUCGUAUGGAGGAGAGACAGCUGGAGCUGGAAAACAGUGUGAAGACCAUCCAGGAGGACGUGGUGAAGCUGACGAUAAACCACGCCGCCACCAGCAGCACAGUGGACAAGCUGCUGGAGAAGACGCGCAAGGUCAGCUGUCACAUCAAGGAUGUCCGGGUACGGGUGGAGAAUCAGAAUAUCCGCGUGAAGAAGGUGGAAACCACCCAGGAAGAACUGUUGGCGAAGAACAAGUUCCGGGUUGUUAUCUACCAGGGUGACAGUGAGGUACCGGCUGUGGUUGGCGGAAAAGAACCCAAAGAACCGAGUGAACCCAAGGAACCCAAACAGGCUGCGGCCGCAGUGGAGCCGGACCACUUUGAGCUCCCCCCCGACUCAGAUGAGGAGUACAUGGUGGUAGAGGAAGCCACUUCAUCCACCGCCGCCAAGAUGAAGAAAUCGGGCCUGAGCCGUAUGGAAAGCUUCAAGUCUACCUUCUCCCGGGCAAACAUGGCCAAGACAAAAGAGAACAUGAGCAGCAAGGUGGGCCAGAUCGGCGAGCGCAUCGUAUCGACUGAGCGCCGGGAGAAAAUCCGUCAGUCCGGCGAGAGGCUGAAGCAGUCGGGCUCACGAUUCAAGGAAACCCUCGUCAGCCACGUGCCGGCCAAACUGAAGAAGGAGCGGACUGUGGCGGAGGGCCAGGAGGGGGCCGAGGGGGUCACUGAGGAUGCUGCGCCGGUCCCACCACCCAAAGGCCGCAAAUCCGCCAGCCCUGACCUAGCCUACACCGAGGUGACCAAGGAGGCGGAGGACGGAGUGGAGGAGGAGGUGCCGAUGCACGAUAUCAAGCAGCUCUCCUAAGGCUGAUGUCAUGGAAAUGGAAAGCAUCAACACACACAUCAUUUUUGUUUGUUUGUAGGAUUGGCCUUGCUGUGACUGAUUGAGUCCCAGGAGUGCCGGAAACAGGCCAGUUAGUUGAACACGUUGAAUUUGUAUCAUCUGCACAACACUCCUGUAACAUGUUGAAGUCAUUUGUUUUGGGAAUUCAAGGAUUUCUAUAGGUAGAACAAAUAUCUAUUUGUGUGCAAUUUCAUCUUGUUUACAUUAAACAUGGACUAUCAAGGAUGCAAAACAAACAAACUGACAGGAAUUACAGCAAGUCUGGGGAGUUGGACAUGUUCUACAGACUUGUAGCGUCUUUACAGAUAUAACUGACAUUAUAGUUUUUGAUUUGCAUGUUGAAGAACUGAUAUGGAAUGUUAAAAAGACAAAGCCUUUUGAAGUGAUGGACGUUGAAAUGGAGUUGUGGAAUGUAUGUUUUGAUGAAGGAUAAUGUAAACACAAAAUAAUAAACUGAUUGAUUUUGUUUAGCGGUAAGUGAAGAUUGAUGAACUUUUGGUAUCAAUUAUGCCUGCGGAUCCAGAAUCCAGCCAAUAUAUAGGCUUCCUUGUGCAGAUCUUGCAAAGGAAAACCUCAAAAAUCAGCGGUUGUCUGGAGUUAAGAGUAUAUCAAAUAUAAUUGAAUGCAGAAAAUGUUCAACUUGAAAGGGUGGGGAAACAAAAAAACUGGGGUUUUGAUCAAACAUUUAUGGAUAUCACUUUUCAAGGAUAUUUUGAGUUAGCGAUACAAAUGGCCAGUAGGAAUACAUUGCAAGUAGAUGAUCUUCCACUGUACGGCCAGAUUCAUCAAUAUACAUGUAUCUGCUACUCUUUUAGUGUAGUUUAAUAUAUAUGCCCUUUCUAUGGUAGAUAUUUUAUUGAGAGUUGUUUGCUGCAUUAGAGAGUGAAUUUGCAUGACUUUAGAUUCUAUUUUAGUUUGAGAGAAAUUGUCUUUUGUGUCAAAGAAAUAUAAGCCCAUCCGCUGCUAUGUAGAAGUAGCACAUUGUGCAUGUUACUAUCAUUUUAAGUUGUCCAAUUCUCUUGUUAGCUAUAGAUACAAUUUCUUUUUAAAGACCACAGUCCUCUAUUCUGAUUUAAAAGGUAUAAAAAGGUGUAACAUUAGAGAACAGCUGAUACAGUUAUUUGUUACAUGCACAACAUAAUGCGAAGACAGUCAACCGUCUACCUGACAAGAUAGUAGUCAAAACCUGUGGUAAAUUUCCAUAGAAUGCGUUAUAAGAGCUUAUGAAUUGAUGGUGAUAACAUAAAGAAUCCAGUCAAAGUAUAAAACUGUACAACACAAAACAAAUAACCAACAUCUUUGUUCUGUUCACUAUGUUAUGAUUUAUUACAUAAUAACAAUACUUUUUUUAAUUAAAGUGUCAUUACUAUAAUGCAA